AUGAGAUGGCAGAGGAUCCUCGAGGCGAGUCAUUUGCCUUUCACCAACAUCCUCAGAUAGACGACGGCUCGAGUGAGGUUCCGACGCAGGGGCUGCUGGGUCACUCCACUGAAAAAGGCGGCGAGUACUUCGGGGCGCUACUUGAGGCUAAAUGGACGUGCGGUAAGGACUGGCAGCCGACUGGGAGGAGAUGUAAAGGCAGACCCAUCGCACACUGCACGGAUUAUAACGCAGUGACACCCUGGGAAUAGCCAGAAAUAACCGAAGAAUGCUGCUGGGGGAGACACUAAACCCGGUGUGCGUGCUCUACCAGUUUGCCCCAGCGCGUGAUAUCUAAAUUCGACAAAAAAUGAAAAGGGACUUAAUUGUCUACACUAGAAAUAUGAAACUUAAUACCUACUCGUCCUCCGCAGCACCCGCAGUUUUGGAGGAGUAAAAUAAAUAAACCGAGCCGGUGAAAACUUGCACUCCUAGCCAAUGGGAUUUUUUUUUUCGCCCUCUACCGGCCUUCCUGAACGGACUUUGUGCCCACUGCGCAUGCGCUCACCGUCAGCCUCGCACGGUUAGCAGACAGCAGGCGAAAUGAUCUCUGUGAAAGUUUCUGCUAACCCCAACUCUAACGGUCACGGCAAGAAAACCAAACGAAAAGGCAAAAGGGACCGCAAGACAGUGGGAGACCUCUCGAACCUUCAGCCCGAACUCCAGAGCCCAAACAAUGAGGACCUAUUUGAGAUUUUCAACCUGCCACCUUCCACUACACCACCAGCCUCUCCCCCACCUCCACCGCCACCUCCACCUCUUCUGCCAAUACCUGUUGUUUUACCACUACCACCACCCUCUCUGACCCCACCCCCUCCUAUGCUAACCCCACCCCCUGCCAACUUUACACCACCACCGACAGAACUUCUUGGAUCAGAUGAUGAAGAACAAGAGGACCCAUCAGAUUACUGCAGGGGGGGCUAUUAUCCUGUUAAAAUUGGGGAUCUUUUCAAUGGUCGUUACCAUGUAGUUCGUAAGCUUGGAUGGGGACACUUCUCAACUGUAUGGCUCUGCUGGGAUAUCAAUCGAAAACGCUUUGUUGCACUGAAAGUAGUGAAGAGUGCCCAGCAUUAUACUGAGACCGCACUAGAUGAGAUAAAACUUCUGAAAUGUGUGAGAGAUAGUGAUCCUACUGAUCCGAAACGGGAGAAAGUUGUACAGCUCAUUGAUGACUUCCGAAUCUCUGGUGUCAAUGGAGUGCAUGUCUGUAUGGUACUUGAAGUACUAGGCCAUCAGCUACUGAAAUGGAUUAUCAAGUCCAACUAUAUGGGGCUGCCAAUUCCUUGUGUGAAGAGCAUCCUGCGGCAGGUUUUGCAAGGCCUGGAUUAUUUGCACACUAAAUGUAAAAUCAUUCACACGGACAUCAAACCAGAGAACAUCCUCAUGUGUGUUGAUGAUAUCUACAUCCGCAGGAUGGCAGCUGAGGCCACUGUAUGGCAACAGUCCGGGGGGCCACCACCCUCUGGCUCUUCAGUAAGCUCCGCCCCUCAGGAGAAGCAGAGUUUACUGUUGAGAUUUCAGAUGCUGGAUAUCCGAGGCCUUUUUCAUGCACUCUGGACGGGUAAGAUUUCAAAGAAUAAGAAGAAAAAGAUGAAGAAGAAGGAGAAGAGACAACAGCGACUACUUGAAGAAAGACUUAAAGACAUUCAGAAAAUGGAGGAGUUAGAUGGGUCUUCCCUACCCUCUCCUUCCCUCCCACUGUGUACUCAGAGCCCACAUCUACCACUGCCUUCCCUGACCUGUGCUACCACAGGCAGCAAUGGAGACUUGCAUUCUCAGAGAAAUUCCUGUCCUGUCUGCUCUCCAGUAAGAGGAAGCCUUCUAUUGGAAGAACAAGAGUUUGAAGGAGGGUUGGAAAAGCAGCCUAUUGAGAAUUCAAAUCCUCAACACCUUCCAUCCUCAUUCCUUAAGACCUGCAAAAUAAAUGGAUGCCAAACUGGAAGCUUGGAAAGUGCUGCCUGUAGUCCGUCAAGCGCUACUUCUUCUGGACUAGGUUAUGAAGGUUGUAAUGGCCACACAUCUUCUGGGUAUGGGCGUUUUACCAGCCCCGAGUCUCAGCUUUCAGAGAUGUCUGGGUCUCUUCUUUCGCCUACGUCAGGUUCAGCUUUUUCUGGGUACUCUACCGAGCAAGACAGCAGGAGAGGAGUCCUUUCACCCAAUACUUUCAGUGCUGCAGAUUUUCUCUUGAAUCCACUGGAUCCUCAGAAUGAAGAUAAACUUAGUAUCAAGAUAGCUGACUUGGGCAAUGCUUGCUGGGUGCACAAGCACUUUACUGAGGACAUUCAGACACGGCAGUACCGGUCUAUAGAGGUUCUGGUUGGAGCAGGGUAUGGCACUCCGGCUGACAUCUGGAGCACAGCUUGCAUGGCUUUUGAGUUGGCCACUGGUGACUACUUGUUUGAGCCUCACUCUGGUGAAGACUACACUCGAGAUGAAGAUCACAUUGCUCAUAUCAUUGAACUUUUGGGAGUGAUCCCACCUCACUUUGCACUGUCUGGAAAAUAUUCUCGAGAGUAUUUCAACAGAAAAGGAGAGCUGCGGCACAUCACAAACCUGAAGCCCUGGGGCCUGUAUGAAGUACUACUGGAAAAGUAUGAAUGGCCACUGGAGCAAGCUGCUCAGUUCAGUGAUUUCUUGCUACCCAUGAUGGAGUACAUCCCUGAAAAACGAGCCACUGCUGCUCAGUGCCUCCAGCACCCUUGGCUGAACUCCUAGCCUCGGAGACAAAGGCUCUUUCCAACUUCUGCUCCCUGUUUUGGUUAACCAACAUGACCCUGUCCUACCGGAGACAUAUGGGGAGGGAAAAAUCCAUAAUACGGUGACUCUUUACAUUUGAUUUAAAAACCUGAUACCUCAUGCCCCAUGAAAAAGAUUGAGAUUUUCUGCAAGAAACAUUGCCUGCUACUCAUUAUUUCAAGUUUGAUUCUUUUUUUUUUAUUAAGAAAAAUGGACGUUUUCACCUCUGAGAGACUUAACCAGUGCCUUGAAAAAAUUGUUUUUGACUUCAGCACAAAAGUGGAUUUUAUUGCGCCUCCCCUGGAAUUGGUGUGUGCCAUCCCAGCCAUAGGAGCUGUAGGCAGGCCAAGACUUCACUAAAAGUGGAGCCCUGACCCAUGGUGGCCUAGGAGAUGUUAUCAAGUGAAAGAAAAUGAAUAUUAAAAGGACUUUAAAUGGAAGCGGGUUUUAGCAGUUUACAUGUGAGAGAAAGCUCUAGUAGGAAGAAGCAAGGUCAAGAAUCAUGCGGUCAAAGUUGAUCAUCUGCAAGGCUCUGGAAGCUAAUGUUGCAGUCAGUCAGUGGAAGUUCAGCAGGGAUGGAAUGAAAAGAAGGCUCAGAAGUUAAUAGAAUCAUGACUGAGUUGUGGUAACCUCACAGCCCUGUGAUAGUUUUUCCGGACUGGCCACCCAUCUUUUAUUGGAGUGGUACCAUCUUUUAUGUAAACCAAAGUACUACAUACAUUGUAUAUGUGUAGUCUUCAACAAAUUAUUUUAAGGAAAAUGCUCUCCAUCUCUCUCUUUUAUUAUUAUUUUUUUAAGCAGUUUCCGUUGUUCAUUUAUUGUGGAUCUCAACACAAAGCUGUGCUACUUGGCUCCAAAAACUCAGAUUGGAAAAGUAACAAAUCUGGGAAAUUAUGUUGGGCCAGUAAACCAACAAGUAUAAUAAAAGUUUCAGGUCUAUAAAAUAUUUAAAAUCUUUAA